AGGAGGCGAGCCACGCCGUGGGCGCCGGAGAGCGCUCGGCGCCCGGGAGCCAGUCCCCCCCGGCCCGCUGCGCCGCCGCCCCGACGUGCGACCCCUGCGGGGGCUGCUGCCUCGAGACCAUGAAGAAGGAGGUGUGCUCCGUGGCCUUUCUCAAGGCAGUGUUCGCAGAGUUCCUGGCCACCCUCAUCCUCGUCUUCUUCGGCCUCGGCUCGGCUCUCAAGUGGCCGUCGGCGCUGCCCACCAUCCUGCAGAUCUCGCUGACCUUCGGCCUGGCCAUAGGCACCAUGGCCCAGGCCCUGGGGCCCGUGAGCGGUGGUCACAUGAACCCCGCCAUCACACUGGCCCUCCUACUGGGCAACCAGAUCUCCCUGCUCCGGGCAGCCUUCUACGUGGUGGCCCAGCUGGUGGGCGCCAUUGCCGGGGCUGGCAUCCUCUAUGGGGUGGCACCGCGCGAUGCCCGAGGCAAUCUGGCCGUCAACGCGCUCAACAACAACACAACUCCGGGCCAGGCCGUUGCGGUGGAAAUGAUUCUGACCUUCCAGCUGGCGAUCUGUAUCUUCUCCUCCACCGACUCCCGCCGCACCAGCCCUGUGGGCUCCCCAGCCCUGUCUAUUGGCUUGUCCGUCACACUGGGCCACCUAGUGGGGAUCUACUUCACCGGCUGCUCCAUGAACCCGGCCCGCUCUCUCGGCCCCGCAGUGAUCAUGAACCAGUUCAGCCCCUCGCAUUGGGUGUUCUGGGUGGGGCCCAUCGUGGGGGCUGCCUUGGCUGCUAUCCUCUACUUCUACCUGUUCUCCCCCAACGCCCUGAGCCUGAGUGAGCGUGUGGCCAUCGUCAAGGGCACGUACGAGCCCGAGGAGGACUGGGAGGAGCAGCGAGAGGAGCGGAAGAAGACCAUGGAGCUGACUGCCCAGUGACCAGCAUCACGCGGGGGCCAGCCUCUCGGCCCCUGAACCGCAGGGGGAAAGAAGAGAAAUAUAGGACAGCAAGCUUCCUUCCCCCGCAGCCGGGUCCUCUGGGCUGGGGAGGAGGUGCUGGCUCCCCAGGCUGAACGGUUAGAGUUGGGAGGAGGAGCCCAGGAUGGGACUCUUGGGGUGGGGGCCAGGGGCUGGGGUCUGGUGGGGAAGGGGUCUCUCUGGCACAGGGCAGACUGCUGCAGCGAGGUCAGACCUCAGGCACUGUGAACGCAGUGCUAAGCUUGCAGGCUGCCCCAGGCCAGGCCAGGAAGGGGUGGUUGGCAGUCUGUGUCCCCUCCCUCUCCCCAGCCCCUCCUCAAGAGCCAGGGGGAUCCCAGCCCCUGGGACAGCAGAGGCUGACCUUCCCCAGAGCUCUUUAGGAGGGAGGCAAACUGGUUCAUUACAUGCCGCCUUAUUUAUUUCUGCUCAAGGAUGCAUGGGGUAGGGCUGCUGGUGUUAGGGGUGGAGGCUUCCCAAUAAACCACUGACAUUCA